CAACAGUUGGAUCAAGUACCAGCUAGUUCACCACCGCAAACUGAUGGACACCAAAACACAGUAACGGCCUCCUCCACAGCUCUCUCUUCUCUCUCUGCUCUGCUACAGGGAAGUGUGUGAAGUGUUUUCGCUGGAAGUUACGGCAGAAGUUUGGUAGUAUGUUAAGACGUGUUAGUGAGAUAUAGUCGAUAAAGAGGAAGGCUGUUGGGAGAGAAGGAAGGGACGCAGCUCUCCGUUAUUUCUCUUCUAACGCGCAGCAGCAGCAGCAGCAGCAGCAGCAGCAAACAAGCACGAUGAGCGUCCCGCUUUACGCACCGACUCCCAUCCAGCCGGCUCACCCGACUCCCUUCUACAUCGAGGACAUUCUGGGAAGGACUGGUACCACCUCCUCCUCUCCCUCCUCAUCUUCCUCCUGCACCUCCUCGUCGUCCUCCUGCUCCACUCCGGUCAUCCCCACACCAACUCUCCCGUCACCCAACUCCUCUUUCACUAGUCUCAUCUCGCCGUACCGGACGACGAUUUACGAACCCACACCGAUCCACCCAGCACUGUCGCACCACGCGGCUGCGGCUUUGACGGCGACAUACGCCUCUGCUGGGGCUUUCACCAGCUCCAUCUACCCGUUCCACCACCACCAGCACCACCGCUCCAUGGGGGAGUACGCACAGGCACUGCUGAGGCACGACCCUCUCGGGAAACCUCUGCUGUGGACUCCCUUCAUCCAGAGGCCCUUACAUAAAAGAAAGGGCGGUCAGGUCCGGUUCUCUAACGACCAGACCAUCGAGCUGGAGAAGAAGUUCGAGACGCAGAAAUAUCUUUCACCUCCUGAGAGGAAACGACUGGCCAAGAUGCUGCAGCUCAGUGAGAGACAGGUUAAAACUUGGUUCCAAAAUCGACGCGCCAAGUGGCGGAGACUAAAACAGGAAAACCCUCCGGGUAAGCGGGAGGUGGAGGACGACGGUUCCACUGGGAGGAGUAAUAAAGGAGACGAGACGACCGAUGUGUCCGGCAUCCAGAGUCCGGAGCAGAGACACACUGUCUCGGCCUCUGAGCUGGCUCAGGCGGGCCGCUGCGUGCGCUCCGUGUCCCCGCAGCAGUCCCACACAGAGCUGGACUCUGAAGUAUCAGACGACACAGACCAGGAGCUCGACAUAGAGGACGACGACGAGUUCACACUGAACCCACAGCUCUGAAACACCAGCUCCACACACACCGACCCACUCGGAAAUGUGGAGCUGGAUGAUGAAGACCAUUGGACUCCUAUGACGCUGGAGACAGACAGGUGAUGGACUAGUUCCCCAUGUCAUUUUUUGGUGGAACAAUUGCCGCAACUAGACUUAACUUUUCCUUCACCCUCAUCAGUGCCUUCACAGGAUUGUCAUGAAGCUUUUUGUAUAUAACGGAUUUCCCUCACUUGUACUUUGUGUUGAUUAUUUCUGUGUUUCUGUAAAUGAAUAUAGAUCAUUUCUCUGUAUUGUAUGUCGUUUUAAAUGAUUCACGUUGUUAAGCCUACUUGUACAGGCCUUCUCUUUAAAAUAUGACAUUUCAUUAAAUAAUCAAUGUAGCUCAAAUUCUGUUUUGUCGGGUGACAUCUAAUAAACUAUUUUUUUGUGAUAAUAAA